AUGCCCGCUACCUACCCUAAGCCCCCUACAGCGCCCCCGCACUGGGUGUAUACUCCUAAGAACAUCGAGACCAACGUCGAGAGUUACAUCACUGAUACGGACAAGCUCCUCGAUCAGAUCGCUGCGCUGCCCCAGGGCCAGCGCACGUUCGACAACACGGUCCGCCGCAUGGCCUUCCACGACUCAGCGGCGGACAAGGGCAUCGAGCCCGGGCUCUUCCUGCAGUACGUGAGCCAGGACGAGGGUGUGCGCAAUGCGUCCGUCGACGCCGACAAGAAGCUCCAGGAAUACGGACUCAAGACGAUUGCUCGCGAGGAUAUCUACCAGGCGCUCCUUGACGCCGAGGCCGACGCCAAGGCCGAGAACAAGCUCAACUCCGAGGAGCAGCGUCUCAUGGACCGCAUGAUCCGAGACCGCAAGCGCAACGGUUUAGGCCUUGAGAAGAGCAAGCGCGACGAGCUUCUCAAGAUCCAGACCAAGAUCAUGGGCCUCGAAGUUGACUUCCAGCGUGCCUGCAACGAGGAGAAGGGCUUCCUUCUCUUCACCGAAGAGGAGCUCGUCGGCGUGCCUGAGGCCGCGAUCGAGGGCUACCCUAAGGAAGGUGACAAGUACAAGGUCACCUACAAGACUCCUGACAUCGUGCCCAUCUUCCAGUACGCGGACAACCCCGAGACGCGCCGCCGUGCCCAGCUCGGAUACGAGGGAAAGACGAUUCAGAACGUGCCUGUGCUCGAGGAGAUUAUCGAGCUCCGCAAGCAGGUCGCCGACAUCCUUGGGUUCGAGAACUUUGCCGACUACAUCCUUGACAUCAAGAUGGCCAAGGACUCAAAGACGGUGAUGGACUUCCUGAACGACUUGCGCACGAAGCUCACGCCGCUCGGCGAGGCGGAGAAGAAGAACUUCCUCGAGCUCAAGAAGGAGGUUCACAAGGAGAAGGGUUACGCGCCGGACGACGAGCUCAACCUCUGGGACUACCGCUACUACGACCGUCUCUGGACAGAGCGCAAGCUCGCGCUCGACGACGAGAAGGUCAAGGAGUACUUCCCCGUGAGCAAGGUCGUGCCCACUAUCCUCGACAUCUACAAGCAGCUUCUGAGCGUGCAAUUCUACCCUGUCCCUCGCGACGAGGAGCAUGGGGGUAACACAUGGCACAACGACGCCGAGGCGUACGCCGUGUGGGACCACCAGGACGGUAAGGACACCGAGUUCCUCGGGUACAUGUAUCUCGACCUCUUCCCGCGCGAGAACAAAUACGGCCACGCCGCCGUCUGGGGCCUGAUCCCCGGCUGGACCAAGGAGGACGGCGGGCGCUCGUACCCAACCGUUUGCAUGGUUGCCAACCUCGCCAAGCCUACGCCCAAGCGCCCCGCGCUGAUGAAGCACUCGGACGUUGUGACGUUUUUCCACGAGAUGGGUCACGCUUUCCACGGCCUGUGCUCCAGGACGCAGUUCAGCCGUUUCCACGGCACUCACGUGGCAAGAGACUUCGUCGAGGCCCCGUCGCAGAUGCUUGAGAACUGGUGCUGGCUCCCUGAGCAGCUCAAGAGCAUGUCGUCGCACUACGAGACCGGCGAGAGCCUCCCGGACGACCUGAUCCAGAGCAUUGUCAAGAGCAAGAAUGUCAACCAGGGCCUGUUUAACCUCCGCCAGCUCUUCUUCGGGCUGUACGACAUGACGCUCCACACGUCCAAGGAGAACAUCGACCAGACCAAGCUGUGGUGCGACCUGCGCAAGGACGUCUCGCUCGUGACCACCAAGGGCGAGUACAUCGGUGGCCAGAGUGGCUUCGCGCACAUCGUCGGCGGCUAUGGUGCUGGCUACUACGGCUACCUCUACUCGCUUGUGUUUGCAGCGGACAUGUUCGAGACCGUGUUCAGCAAGGCACCAAUGUCGCCAGAGAACGGUAUGAAGUACCGGAAUGAGAUCCUCAAGGUUGGCGGCAGCCGUGACGAGAUGGACUCGCUCGUCGCUCUGCUCGGCCGCAAGCCGACUAACGACGCGUUCCUGCGCGACCUCCUGGGCGGUGCAGAGGGUGAGGCUGCGCGCCUGUGA